ACUGAUGACAACCGAACUCGUACGGGUCUACAUGAUUGUUCCGGUUUCAAUCAAAAGCAAAAGUGUCAUGAAGAGUGAAGAUGUAUCAGCAAGAGUGAAAUGUCGGAAAGAGGAGCAAACGAACGAAAGUGUGUCGUAUAUCAACUUAUUCUAGAGGGGAGCAUAGAGUUCUUUGAACAUCGCGAAGAGUCCGAAGUGUUCGUUGCCACACAGUGGGGGCAGCUACAUAAGUACAACACGGCCUUAAGAAAAGCUUUCAUUCUGAUAGCAGAUCGCAAUCCACGGAACCGGUGAAUUUGUGCGAUACGACUUCUAUACGUUCAGCUGUUCGCGGACGGAGAAGUGUAGGAGAGAAAAACAGAAUAUCUUCCUAAAGUAUCGGAUGCUCGAAUGCAUUUUGGGAAAAGAGAUAUAUUCACGAAGGAAAAGAAGAGACGUUUGUGACAUCAUUCAUCCUCGCGUUGCCCUGCACCGUAUUUCUACUUGCGAGAUUCGGAUAACGUGACACUACGACGAUGGUGCUGGUCUUGCUGAUACCUAUAAUCGGAUUUGCGACGGCAACUCCUUCUCAAGACACAUUGGACAAUCGAUUGGUCUUUCAAGUCCAAAAAACGCUUUUGCAUCCUGCGGAGAGCAAUGUAGACACAAUAGCCGAGAGUCAGGAUAAAGCAGAUGAAAUGGUAGAAAAUAUAAAUAAAACGCUGUCAAACUUAAAGCGUACGACCGAUCGUCUUAAAGAUUCGGAAACACGCGAUACCAAAGCCAGUGAAAAAUUAACACAAGGACGGAAAGAAAAAGCUAUACUUUUAGACUAUCCUCCGGUAUCGCGUAUCUCCCAUUAUCCAAGACUCCCCACGUACGAAGUUGACUACAACGACGAUUCAGAAGUUACAGCAAAGAAUAGAUCGGCAGAAAAAAAAUACCAAGAAAGCGAUAUCUUCUACAUUCGACUCCCACCCACUCCGUAUACAUUCGUACCCGGCUUCGGAUACAUCUCGCAACCACCUACGUAUUCGACCGCCUCCUUAAAGCCUCAAAUACCCCUUGUAACUCAACUACUUCAUCUACCCUACGUAAGACCUGUGGGACAACCUCAGCAAACCAUUAAUCCCUUCAUCAAAUUGCCUAUAGACUUUGUAAGCAAUGGCAAGCCUAUCUCCGUCUACCAAUGGCAAAAGAAACCUAACAAGAAACCGGCCGACAGUCCAAUCACGAACUUGGACAAUCUAUCGGCCGAUUUUGUUAGCAACGGUAAGCCGACCUCCAUUUAUCAGUGGCAGGCGAAUCACAAGCCAAUAAAGAGGCCGGGUGAUUCGCUUAACAAUCUUAAUAUGGAACCUUACACCUUCAAUGGCAAAUUGACCAGCUUGUACCUGCUUGGAUCGGAUGGAUCCACCUCGAUGCACCAGUCUAUCCGGUAUCCCGAUUAUCAGAACGGUUAUCAGAACGCGUAUUACUGAGUUCAUCUGGUCACAUAGAGUAUAUGUUUAUAUUUAAUUGAAACCGAUCGCAAAAUAAAAGAAAUUUGACUCUAAGAUAGAGAUAUAACAUGCGUGACAAAUAAAUCAAGCUGUGGAUUUGAGUAAAUAUUAUUUUCGAAUCUUUUGACAUUACUAAUCGAGUGAAUCUGAUGAAAUCAAUCUCAUCUGCGAUAAAAAUAAUAUUGAACGAUGUUCCGAGUUGUAGCCUGUAAUUAACGCGUUACAAUAUUUGUAAUUUACGUAUAUUACCAUUGUUAUAUUUAUUAUUAUGAAACAUUAUGUUAUUAUUGAAACCGUAAAUAUUGAAAUCUAAUUGAUUAUAUAUAGAAACGAAUUGUAAAAAGUAUGCGUUGUGACAUUAUACGUUUGCCAAAUUAAACAGAGAAUUUAUUCAAUCGCUUUUGUAUAAUAGCUCGUUAAAAAUGAUAUUACAAGUAUCAUUUUGCUCGACUUGCAUUUUGUUUGAAAUAAUACACGCAUACAUUUUCCGAAAGAAUUAUAUCGUAUUACAUUAUUUCAUUAUUAUUGAAGUGACUGUGUGUUAGAAUUAUUUAUAAGUAUGUCACGUGCGUGCGAUGCAACUCUGCAUGUAUCAAUUUUCAAUAAUUAAUAUUUUAUAAGUCUUUUGUAAACUGUACAAAAUAUACAAUAAUAUAUAUAUUAUAUAUAAGUAAAUUACAUAAUCUCAGAUAACUGAAGAAGUGGUUGUUUUAGUUUUUAUAUAUUACAAAAUAUUUAUUGACACAACACGAAUGUAAUUAGGAAUUUGUAAAUAUGUGAAAUAUAUGUAAAAAUGAUAUUAAGGGAACUAGAUUACAUGCGUGUGUGUAUUAUUUUUAAUUCUCUCCAUGAUAAUGCGGCAAAGCGAAAAGCAUAUUUCGUCGUCCCUUGUGCGUAAUACAAAUAUUGACUUGGGAUGUGAGUUUGGUCAGAUUGUCUGGACUGUAUCCUGUCUGGUUACAAACAUGCGUGGUUUAGAUCAGACGCGCAAGGGGAUUCAGUACCAAUUUUAUUUCUUUGCAAUCUGACUUUGCCGCUUCGUCUAAGAACCAUUUCUUUUCCCACACGCACAUAUAUA